CGCUUCCGGGGCCGCGCGCGGCUUCCGCGUCCGGGGAACCGAGGCGGGAACCGUGAGGGGAGCCGAGCUCCGCCCGCUCCAUAUCGCCGCAUAACGCGAUCAAAGGCUCCGGAUCGCGACACGGCCCCAGCGGGAAGGGUGAUCUGGGCACGGAAUCGUGGCAGAAACCGUGAGGGGAGCCGAGGGCUGCGUUCUCCAUAUCGCGACAUAACGCGAUCAAAGGCUCUGGAUCGCGGCACAGCCCCAGCGGGAAGGGUGAUCCGGGCACGCCAGCUGGGAGAAAUAGGGCUCAGAAUGUAAAGAAAAUUUUUUAAUAAGGAUAAAAGGGGCGAUAUCCAUCGCUGAGGUGCUUGGCAAUUUGUAAAAGCAUGCCCUGAGCUUAAAUAAUUUAAAAUAUAUUUUUAAUAUAUUAUGUUAGUACAUUUAAUAAAUUUUUAAUAUAUUUGUGAUAUAUGUAAAUUAUAUAUAUAUCUAAAACUAUAUAAGAAGUAUAUGCAAAUAUAUAUAUUAUAGAUUAUAUAUAUUAUAUUAUAUAUACUGUAUAUUGACUAUAGAUGCAACAUAUUCAUUUUUCACACAAAUAUAUAUCUACAUCUACUUUUUAUAUAAUUUUACAUGGGUUAAAUUAAUUUUUAUGAGAAUCUAUAGAUAUUCAGCAUUCUUGUGAGUUUAAAUAAUAUAAAUAUACAUAUAUAAAGGGAUCUAAUGUAAAAAAUCACUGUGGGUUUCAAUAAAAUAUAAUAUAUAUAAAGGACAUAAUAUAAAAAUAAUUUGGGGUUUGAGGUUCCAAUCGUUCCCUUCACAAGGAACUCCUGGAACAACUGGGAGCCAAAAUAUUUGGAAUUUUCCCCUUGGAAAGCACAAAAUAAUCCAAAAUUCAAGCUGAGAGCCCGUAAAUAUCACAUAUCCCUGAGGGAUACCUCAUAAAAACUCCUUUUUACUGAGGAAAAUCCAAUAAAACCUCAUUUUUAAAUGAGGAAUAACCCAAAAAACCUACUUUUUAACAAAAAAAUAUCUCAAAACCCCUCUUUUUAAUGAGGAAUAUCCACUAAAAGCUCCUUUUUACUGAGGAUUACCCCAAACACCUCAUUUUUAAGGAGGAAUAGGCCCUAAAACCUCAUUUUUAAGGAGGAAUAUCGCAAAAAGACUCAUUUUUACUCAGGAAUAUCCUAAAAAAAUAUCAUUUUUAACGAGGACUAUCCCAUUAAAACUCAUUUUUAGUGAGAAAUAUCCCAAAAAUCUAAUUUUUUAAGGAGGAAUACCCACUAAAACUCAUUUUUAUGAGGAAAAUCCCAAAAAAACCUGCUUUUUAAUGAGGAAUAUUCCACAAAAACCUAAUUUUUCGUGAGGAAUAUCCCAAAAAACCUAUUUUUUAACAAUGAAUGAACCACAAAAACGAAUUUUUAAUGAGGAAUAUCCAUUAAAACAUCAUUUUUAAGGAGGGUGGAGCCAUGGAGGGGAGGUGACAUCACCGGGGCGCUGCAAAAACAGCAAUUAACAACUUAAUUAAUGCUUUCAUUAAGGAUUAACCCUGUGACAUCAGAGCUGCCUGGCAGGUGAAGCACCAGGGGUGCAGAAAAAUUCCUUUUUUAUUUCUAUUGUUUAUGUUUAUGGGAAUUAAAUGGGAUUUAUAAUGUAGAAAAUGGUUUUCUAAUGUAAAAAAGUGAAUUUUUUAUUUACAUAGUUUAUGUUUAUGGGGAUUAAAUGGGAUUUUUAAUGUAGAAAAUGGGUUUUUUUAAUGCAAAAAAUUAUGUAAUAUGUAAUAUAAUGUAAUAUAACAUUAUAUUACAUUAUAAUAGUUAUAAUAUCAUGUUAUAACGUAUCAUAUAACAUAAUAUCAUAUCACAUUAAUAAAUAUUAAUAUUUAAUUACAACCCUGCAACCCCACAGGACUUUCUCAGGGUUUUAUCUCCACAAUUUCUGCAUUUUAAACAAAAAAUACCCCAAAAAACCAAAACAAAACACAUUUUUAAGCACUGAAGGAAUUUUUUCCCCCUAUUCUCUCCCACUUCAGCAUCCACAGAAAUCACCCAACAGAUUCAGGAUAUUUUCUGAGCGAUUCCAGGUUCUUUUAUCCCGAUUUUCCAGGAAAAAUAAAUUCCUGGAGGGAAUUUUACAGGGAUUUUUCCACUGUGAGGCAACAGGAGAAGAAUUUUUCCCUCUGGUGCCUGGUCCUUGUGCAAUAAUUGCAAUAAUUGUUGCAUUUUUCCAUUGCACAACGCGGGGUGAGGAGAGACACGAACACAAAGUUCCCGGUGCCAGGAGCUUUUUAAUGAGAUUUUAGUUAAUUAACUCUUCACCUGCCUCUGCUGCAGCUCUUCGUUCAGCCGGGUUUCUUUUUUCAUUAAAAAUUGAAAUGGUUGAAAAACCAGAAAAUUAAAAAUUUUUAAUUAGGAGUUUCUAAAAUAAUGUUGGGGUUUUUUUUAAAUUUUAUUUAAAUCAGGUUUCAGGUAUGUUUUGUGAAAUGUCAAUAUUUUACUAUCAAAGCUGGUUAAUAGGGAUUGAAUAUUUUAAAUAUUUUAAAAAUUUAAAAAUUAUUUUAAGGAGGAAAAUCCCCAAAAACCCCUCAUUUUCAAUGUGGAAUAUCCCAAACCCUCUCAAUUUAAUGAGGACUAUCCAAAAAAAAAAAAACCCUCUUUUUUACUGAGGAACAUCCCAAAAAAAUCUCAAUUUAAAAAUUUCCAUUUGUCUUGGGGUUUCCAGAAAAAAAUCCAGCAUAAAUCAAGUGUAAAAAGGAUUAAAAUCAGUCAAAAUCAGGGGAGUUUCUUUCCCUCCACCUUUUUACUUUCUCCCUUCUUUCUUGUGAAACCAAAUUUCACAAGAAAUUUUAAUUUUUUUUUUUCCAGACACUGAUAUUUCACAGCUUCCAGUGGGAGAAAAAAUCCAAUUUGGAAAGGCAGGUUCUAAAUUUAUCUGGAUCCCAAAUAUUUCCAUUUUCACCUUAAAAAAAAUUCCUGCAGUGCCAUUUUUUUUUACAUGGGAAAGGAUCAAAAAUAAUCGGGGUUCUAAACUUUAUCUGGAUCCCAAAUAUUCCCAUUUUCACCUUAAAAAAGUCUUGCAGCGCUGUUUUUUACAUGGGAAAAGAUCAGAAAUAAUCCUGGAAGUUCUCCCAGGUGCCCCAAAUCUGUUUUUCUGUUGUUUCUGCUGCUCUUUAACUGAACCAUGGCCCCAAAACCGGAUUUGAAUGGUGUUGGUCUGGUUCUGUUUCCAUCUCAGCACCUGCAUCUGGGAUUGGGAUGGGAUUGGAAUUGGGAUGGGAUUGGAAUUGGGAUGGGGAUUUGGAUUGGAAUUGGGAUUGGAAUUGGAUUGGGAUUGCGUAUGGGAUGGGACUGGAAUUGGGACUGGAACUGGAUUUGGGAAUGGGAUUGGAAUUGGAAUUGGGAUGGGAUUGGGAAUGGGAUAGAAUUGGGAUUGGGGUUGGAUAUUCUUGGAGAAGCAGGAGGAAAUCCAUGCCGAUUCCGCCGAGGAAUGCAAUUCCUCAAGGCUUGAUGGCUUUGAUUCCCUGGGAUCCUGCCAGGCUCAAGAAAACAAGGAAAGAAGGCAGAAAGGUCCUCCAUAAAUGGGAAAAUCCAGAGCAGGAAGGACAAAAAUGGGAAAAUCCAGAGUGGGAAGGACAAAGCUCCUCCCUCGGUGGGAAAAUCCAGGGCAGCAACAAUAAAGAUGUAAAAAUCCAGAGUGAGAAGAAUGAGGAUCCUCCCUGGGUGGGAAAAUCCAGAACAGAAAGGACAAAGGUGGGGAAGUCCAGAGCAGGAACAACAAAGAUGGAAAAAUCCAGAGUGGGAAGAUCAGAAAUGGAAAAUCCAGAGCAGGAAGAACAUUCUGGAAUGCAUGGUUAUUUCCCUAAAAACGAUGACUCUGAUCAUGAGGGGUGAAAAAAAAACCCCAAGGCCAAGACGCCAGCAGCACUUAAACCCAGCUGAACUCUGGCGUGCCCUCCCCGUUAACCCGUUUGUCCAGUUGAUUCACUUCCUAUUAUUAUUCCCUGGAUCAUGCUUUGAGUCAUUGCCAUGAUCUCGUCCUCAAGCCCUGCCCCUCUGGAUGUCCGAAUUCCCUCCGGAAAGGCUGGACAGCUCUGCGCUCCCAAAGUCCCAGCUCUGGGCCAGGGCUGCUGCUCAGGCUUUAGCCCAAGGCUGGGUUUAGUGGCUUCUCUCAACGCUCAGAGCUCCUGCCGAGAAAGCCACGUAGAGGAUGGAACCAGAGCCACCAGGAGGAGAAGAAAGAGGAGGAGAAGAACCAGGUGAGGAAGGGCUGAUCGAGUUCUACAGCUCCUUCAAGGAGAUGUUUGAGUUCUUCUGUAAGAACACGACGAUCCACGGCACUGUCCGGCUGGUGUGCUCGGGCAGGAACCGCGCCAAGACGGCGUUCUGGACGCUGCUGCUGCUGGCCAGCCUCGCCAUGCUCUACUGGCAGUUUGCCCUCAUGUUCAGCCAGUUCUGGGCCUACCCCGUGGUGCUCACCAUGUCCAUGGACUCUGAGCCCAAAAUGUUCCCGGCCGUCACCGUCUGCAACCUGGAUCCCUACAGGUUUGAGCCGAUCAGUGAGCAGCUGGAGCAGCUGGAGCGCAUGGCUGAGGAGUCGCUGACCUUCCUGUAUGGCCCCACAGCCUCGGCCAGGCUGUCCCACCAGAGGGACAGGGACAAGGAUGAGGACAAGAACAGGGACAAGGAGAGGAACAAGGACAAGGACAGAGACAAGGAGAAGGACAAGGACAGGGACAAGGGCAGGGACAGGGACAAGGCCAUCCCUGUCCAGCACCAGGCCAACCUCAGCACCAACUUCAGGCUCAGCCAGAACUUCUCCCUGGUGCGGAUGUGGGAGCCUGGGGCAGGCAGAAAACAUUCCAGAGUGGGAUUCCAGCUGUGCAACUCCACAGGCGGGGAUUGCUUCUACAGCUCACACGUGUCGGGCACGGCCGCGCUGCAGGAGUGGUUUCGCUUCCACUUCAUCAACCUGCUGGCCCAGCUGCCCCCAGCGCUGGCCCGGUACCCGCGGCGCUUCCAGGACCUGGUCUACUCCUGCCAGUAUGACGGCGAGCCCUGCCGGUCCAGUGAUUACGUUCCCUUCCACCACCCAGUUUUUGGGAGCUGCUACACUUUCAACAGCAAGGGGACAGAUCCCUUCUGGAGAGCCACAAAGCCAGGAAUUCCUUAUGGGCUGUCCCUGAUCCUGCGGGCUGAGCAGCAGGAGCACAUACCGCUGCUCUCCACUGUGGCUGGGGUGAAGGUGAUGAUCCACAGCCACAACCAGACCCCGUUCCUGGAGCACGAGGGCUUCCAUAUCCGCCCGGGCAUCGCCACCACCAUCGGCAUCCGCCAGGACCAGGUCAAUCGCCUGGGUGGCAACUAUGGCAAGUGCACCGCGGACGGGGCCGACGUAGCCGUGGAGCUGCUCUACAACAGCUCCUACACCCUGCAGGCCUGCCUGCACUCGUGCUUCCAGCUGGCCAUGCUGCGACACUGUGGCUGCGGCUACAUCUACUACCCGCUGCCCGCCGGCGCGCGCUACUGCGACUACCACCGCCAGCCCGCCUGGGGGCACUGCUUUUACCAGCUGCACUGGCGGCUCCACAGUCACCGCCUGGAUUGCUUCCAGCACUGCCCCAAGCCCUGCAGGGAAUCCCUGUACAAGGUCUCGGCUGGCACAGCCAAGUGGCCCUCGGCAAAAGCCCAGGACUGGGUGCACCAGGCUCUGCGGCACCAGAACGACUACAGCUUCAGCAGCAGGAGGAGAACCUGCUGCUGUCCAGCAUGGGCAGCCAGUGGAGCCUCUGGUUUGGCUCCUCGGUGCUCUCGGUGGUGGAGAUGCUGGAGCUGCUCCUGGACACCCUGGUCCUGUCCCUGCUCUUCUGCUUCCAGAGGUUCCACGCUAGGAGGAGCCCCAGGCCCAUCCCAAAUUCCCGGGAGAAUUCCCAUAUGCGGGAGGAGCCCAGGAAGGUGCAGGAGUGGGAUUUGGGACAGCCCUGAGAGCGAGAGGGUUGGAAUUCCCAAAUUCUGGGGGAAAAGUCACAGGGAUGUCCUGGAACCACAGCUGAACAUGGCAAUGCUUGGAAUUCCCAAAUUCUGGGGGAAAAGUCACAGGGAUCCACACCUGAGGGGGCUGGAAUUCCCAAAUCUUGGGGGAAAGUCACAGGGAUCCACAGCUGAGAGGGGUGGAAUUCCCAAAUCCUGGGGAACAGUUACAGGGAUGUUCUGUAUCCACAGCUGAGCAUGGAAAUGCUUGGAAUUCUCCUGGAAUUCCCAAACCCCUCCUGAAUUUCCCAAAAACCUCCUGGAAUUCCCAAACCCCUCUGGCCUCUGAUCCCACAUGGAGUUCCCAGAAACCUCCUGGAAUUCCCAAACCCCUCCUGAAUUCCCAAACCCCUCCUUCCCUCCUGAAAUUCCCAAAAACCUUCUGGAAUUCCCAAACCCUUCUUGGGUCUGAUCCCUCCUGGAAUUCCCAAAAACCUCCUUCCCUCUGGAAUUCCCAGCCCCCCCCUCCCCCCCCGCCCUCUGAUCCCUCCUGGAAUUCCCAAAAAACUCCUUCCCGCUGGAAUUCCCAAGCCCCUCCUGCCCUCUGAUCCCACCUGGAAUUCCCAGAAACGUCCUGGAAUUCCCAGACCUCUCCUGAAAUUCCUGCUGCUCUGGGACCGGGCUCAGCAUUUCCACUGUUUUUGGAUUUUCCCAGGAAAUUCCCAGACUCUUCCAGAGGGAAUAAAGAGAAAAAAAAAUGGGAUUGGGAAUUCUUUAGGUCCCAGAAAGCC